GUUAAACAAACUGUUGGUACUUACAUUGUCGUAGGUGUGGACGAGAAAGGCAAUCACUUGUUAGUGUUUGAUCCGGAGGAGCCUUUUCAGCGCGCUUUCAGUUCGUUAGAAGCAGCCCUGUUUAAAAGGGUACUUAGUGUAAUAUCUUCAACUCCAGAGCCUCUCCGUGGCUCCGAGUGUGGCAAGCCUGCUGCGCUGCGUACAACGGCACAACCGCAGUCGCCACGGAGCAGUCGCGGCAGAAAGCAGAAGCAGGCGAGGCUGUUCGUAACUCUCCGGGCAGCAGCAGGCCCCCCGCUCGCCUUCCUCACCUUACCCGAACGGAACUUGGCACUCGACACGGCUUUAUUCCAUAACAUUGGAGUACAUGGCGACUUCAACUGCAACUGGAUGGAUUUCUACUCCAAUGGCUGCGGAGUGCUCCAACUGCGGUCAGAAGUUUGGCCCGCACUGCCAGCCGGCCGGGGUGCACAACUGCGGCCACACGCCGUGCCAGUCCUGCGUGGAGGCGGGGCCAGCCUCGGAGAGCCGCUGUGGCGUGUGCCGAAAGAGGUCUAGGUCGAGCCAGAUGGCCUGCAAGGAAUUCGACGCCGGGUGCUCCAAUCAAGGCGGCCAUCAUCGCCUCCACUGCGACGCGCUGCCCACCGAUCAGUGCCUGGGCGAGCACAAGUCCUGCAAGGUACAGCGCUUGACCCGGGACUCUGCUCGGAGCGUCGCCGCCAUGCACGACGGCGUGGCCGCAGAGCUGCAGCACGCCCAGGAGAGCCUCCAGGGACUGAGGACGUGGGCCAGAGCCGCUGAGGGCCGCCAGGACUCCGCCGCACUCCGUGCGCACGCGACCAGCUUGGGCCGCAUCCGAGGCGUGCUGCAGCAGGCGCUCCAGGACUUCGUGGAGGAGGCGCGCCGCUGCCAGGCAGAGGAAACCACGAGCUCGGACGAGAUCGGGACUUCGCUGGAGUCUGGCCCUCCUAUGGACCCGAGGCCCCUUCCACAGUCUAGCACUCCGCUGGAGUCUAGAAAUCCCCUGGAGUCUGGCACUUCUAUGGAGUCUGGUACUCCAGUGGAAUCUGGCACUCCUGUGGAGUCUGGCACUGCUGUGGAGUCUGGCACUGCUGUGGAGUCUGGCACUCCUGUGGAGUCUGGCACUCUUAUGGAGUCAGGCUUUCCUCUGGAGUCGCUGCCCCUCGAACUGCUGCUGGCGGUGCUGGCCUACGUGCCGACGGACCAAUUGCUGCCCCUGCGGCUGCUGAGCCGUUACUGGAGAACGCUGAUCCUGGAGGAGCCACUGUGGCGCCGCCGCCGCCUUGAGGUUCCCUUCGAACCUGGCUCCGGACGGCCGGCCAUAGCAGCCAUCCUGCGCUUGGCCCCGGCGCUGGACACUCUGAACCUGCGACUUUGGUAUUCGUCUCACGGGCGUCUUUAUCUUAAGGCUCUCGCCGAGGGCAAGUGCAAGGUCCGCUUCCUGGAUCUCAGCUUUACAGCUUACACGGUGUCGAACAAGUUGAUCUCUGCAGUGUUCUCUAGUCAUAGGACCACAUUACAGAAGCUCCAUAUGAACCUACGUAGCUUACAGUCUAACAGUAACCUAGUGCCAGCAUUGAAGGCCAUUGACGCUUUGGAAGAGCUGAAAACGCUGCGUCUCAAUACUAACUCGGGUCAAAGUCACGGUUUUGCCUUCAAAGGUCUUCGCCUGACGACUCUAGACAUACCGGUGGGUCUGAAGAUACAAUUUGCUCGGGACCUUAUCCGCCUGGGAAGAAACACUCUGACCACGGUCAAAUGCGCUGCAGGAAUGAACGAGCUGAAGACAGAUUUGGCGCAGUGCGAAAAGCUCACCCACCUUGAAGCCACCAUGUUGUUGGACGGGCUUGCUGAACUUGUCCCACAACUAUCUCACCUGCAGUGCAUAACAAUACACGAGUCUCGUGAUCUCUUUCAGUCUAAGGUGGAUUGGUUCAAGUGGGCGAACAAAAACUUUUCCGGGAAGAUCCAUCUUGUUGUAUCGAAUUCUUCGGUCGAUUGGAAUAACUUCACUUCGUCGGCGGACUGCCUACGCAACGUCCACAGAGUGACGAUUGAGCUCACGUCUAACGAGGCAAACCCACCUGGGCCCGUCGCAGAGCUCCUGCGGUCUUUAUCGUCGGUAGAGCACCUCGUGUUGAACUUCAAGACGGACUUCCAGAGCGUGCUUGAGAGCUGGCCAGCAUCAACGGUGCCUCGCCUGCAGUACCUCUCCAUCUCAGCAAAAGACCAAGAAGACUCACGUGGCUUUCGGUCAUCCAUGACACAGGUUUUCAGAGCCUGGCGUCCUAGUCUCAAUUUAAAGUUUCUGUAACUGCUUUGAUCUCGAAACACAAAAUUGUCUCCACUUGUUUCCAUACGGUUUAUUAAUUAAAUGAAACCAAUUUUUGAAAAA